AUGUCUCAAGACACCAACUCACAGAGCACCCUGGGUGCUCCCGUGGAGAUCGUGCCAUCGACUCCCAUCCGUCGUGCGACACUCUCCCCUUCACCAGAUCUCAGCGCAAAGCGCACCUCUUCCCAAUCGGAUAAGAAGAUCUUCUCGCCCCCGCCAUUGUCGUCAUCCGACAUGACUCCCCCACCCUCAACUCAGAUCCCCGGUGCUCCACUCCGAUCGCGAUCACACUCACGCUCAACAAGUCCCACCAUGGUGACACAAGCUGAGUUGGACAAGUCGUUGUGCGAUGCCUACGGGGCGUCCGAGAACCUGCCGACAGUGGAGCAAAUAGAUAGUGCCAGUGAGGCUGAGUUGCGCACUAUCGCCAAAGAUUUGUUGAACGUUGCGCGAGAGUCGCGCAUGUCCGCAUUGCACUUCAAGCUUCAGAACAGCCUGGUGUCUUUCGCGAGUAAUGAAGCCGUGAAGCGCGCUGAGGUUGAACAUCAACUUGCCAAGCGCGAAGUUGAGAUUAUCCAGAGCGAAGAGUACCGCAAUCGCUCUCUUCCUAUGCCUCUCGCCACCCCGAAGCAAGCACAAGCUCCUUCACACCCUGACUAUGCUGCAGCCGUGCAGCGCUCGCGGGAGCUCGAAGAGCACAACACAGUUCUGGAUCGCAGACUCCGGAAUGCCAAGCGUGCGAUCGAUGAUGCCACUAGCCGGUCAAUCGAUCUUGAGGAACAGAACUCCAUGCUCAGACAACGUAUCGGAGAUAACCGCAAGCACUUCACUCAAAUCUUUAGCUACAACCCAAUGUCACCGCACACGCAACGCGAGAUCCACAACCUGUACACCGGCGAACACGCCGAUGGACUCGCCGCUCUUCUUGCCGCCGACAAGCUCACCAAGCACACCCACACUUAUGGUGCUCAUUCUGCAACAUCUGUCCCAAUGACCCCGAAUCAGCCUAAGAACGAGUACAUGACACCCACGAGGAACUCAAGAGAUGACCACUAUGACAGCGAUAGCACGGUCUCUCUCUCCGCUUCCGAGGUCCCGGAACAGCGAAUGCCCUCUCCCCAGCAAAUGCGCUCUACCGCCCCCAAGAGCAGCACCUUACUGCAGACCAAGCUAUUUGGUCAAGUGCAGAAGCCUGGUGUCGAGCGAUCGCGCCCAACCAAGCGCAAGGCGGACACCCACGACAGCGGUGCUAACGCCAAUGUCAAAAAGUCCCGAACCGGUCAGACCAUCGGUUUGGGCAUCAAUGCUUAG